AAUGUAUCCAAUUCUCCCCGUUCCCUCUUGAGUUGUUUUACAUUUAUUUCAUCUCAUGUGGGAUCUCCACAUGGAUUGCUGUCUUGUUCUAGCGUAUAAAUGAAGCGAGGCUAGCUCUGUAUUUUAUAUCAUAUAAUGAGCACCCCAAACUUCGGUUGCCGCGCGCUCGCCUCUAUGACGUCACUGACAAUUAGAAUAAACAGCGAAGACUCUGAUUCACUUACGAAGAUGAGAAACCGCAAGCUUUAAGUUAAAAUAAUCGAUCUGACGAUGCCAUACAACAAGGAUUGCAAAUGGACAUUACCUGGCUGGAAAAUUGAGCCGAAGUACAUCGACAGGGUGCUCAUAGGAAAUUGGUUUGAAGAACGUCUACAGUUUCCCAGAGACCGCUCUUUCGGUAACAGUACGCAAAGGCAAGACUUCAGAAACACCAAGGGACGGCAACCCGAGAGAAUUCUCCGCCGCCAGCUAGCGCUCAGAAAUUGGGAAGGCGUAGGCCAGCAGUGCCUUCUAAAUCACCAUGGCAACUCAUACAUGACCAGCGGUCUCUCCACACACUUGACAGACUACCAGCAUCCAAUGCGGGUAAAAUCUCCUGGAAAGCGUCGCUGGGAUGGACAUCAGUCGUCAUGGAAACCAGAGAAACUGGACCGCCAAGUUCCGGAGAGUGAGAAGAACAGACUUUUGCAUCGAAGGAAUUCCACGCUUCCCGUCAUCCCCACCGCCGAUAUGUACAGUACAGAAACAAGCUCUAAUUUCCGGACUCCUACAGAGAUACCACAGGCCAUCCGGGAGCCGGAAAGUGUUUUUAAGUACCGACAUAGGAAAAGUGAUGUUACCCCAUUUUCCCCAGUUAUUCUUAGAUCAAACAAAUAAACUAACUCGUUGAUUUUAUUUGAAAAAGUAAUAACAACA